UUUUAAAAAUCCAGCUUUGUUAUUAUUCAAAAAAGAGGUGUUCUUUACCUUUUCUUUCUCUCUUUAUCUUUCAGCCUAUUGGUGUGAACCAGUUGACAUUUGCCCAGAGAAGCGGAGCUCUUAAGUGUCUAAUCUAUAUGGCAGAUUCAUGUAUGGUUGAAUCACUCUUUAAGAAAUCUGUUGAGCAAGUAAAGUAUUUUCUGAAAUGCCUCAUUUUCCUGGCAGAGUUUGAAACACUGAACAUUCCAUAUACCUAUGAAUCCUUUCAUGAGAGUCCUAAAGAAGGAAUAAUUAGAGGACUAUGGAAAAACCAUAGCCAUGAACCCAAGGUUGUUAGACUGGUGACAGAACUUAGUUUAGAAUAUAAGGUGUAUGAUCCUCAACUCUGGAGUGACUUACUGCAUAAACUACUUGAUUUCAACAUGAUUCAUUACCUAAGAAAAGUUCUCAUAGCAAUUACUGGAGUACCUUCAUUAUGGCAGAUUCCUUGCCUUAAUCGAGCUUGGAGAAGUGUAAUUCUGGCACCAUUUCUAGUAGCUUCUUGUCCACCAAGUCAUAAGCAGCUAGAGGCAUGCUGUGAAUGUUUUGUACUUCUAUUGAAGUGUCCUAAUGUAGCUGAUCUAGAUAUAAUUGGAAUUGCAAGGCAAUAUGCACAGUUGAAUCUUCCAGCUUUUGCUUUAGGAUGCCUGCUGCUGAUUCCCCAAUCCAAGAAGAGAGAGCAACAGAUUCAGGGUUUCCUGUCUUCAUGUAAUCUGGAGACUGUUCUGCAGCAAGUAGAUGAACACAUGAACACUGGUGAGGUAGCAGGCUUUGCAUCACAGAUUAGAUGUUUAAUUCUGAACAACAUCAUAAAAGAGAAACAAUAUGACAGAUUUUUUAAAACAAAAUACUUCCCAUUAUUGAAGCUACAAGUGAUGAACACUGAAAGAGUGAAAGAAUUAGUGGAUUACCUUGCCAACAAGAACUGCCUGGAUGAUGCAGUAGCCCUAAUAGUAGAAUAUCAAAAUCAAUGUGGAAAUCACAUUCUGGCAGAUAGGUCAUCUCGUGAUAUUUUGACGAUGUUCCUGAGUGGAUCAGAAUAGACUACGGUAUUCGCUUACUCAAAACAGCUACCCAGAGGAGCAAGUAACUUGAUCUAUAUCCCUUCUCUUCCGGUGGCAAGAUUGCGUCAAACUCUGUUGAUCAUGUGCAUUAUUUUUAAAACGGAACUCAGCUGAAAUUUAAGUACCCUUUUAAUAAAAGAUACAAUUCAGUUUUUACAGACCUAGGUCAGCUAACAGACAUUCACCUUUAAGUGUGCUAUCCAUAGUAAAGAGUUAAAAGCUCAAUUUACGUUCCUCUCCUCCACUUCCCCCAUCCAUAUAAUUUUUAAUUUAUUCUCAAUCAUUUCCAGCUUGUAAGUGAUGUCAAUCUUUUAAACUUCAUGUAACUAGAGAAAGGAAGAUGAACUCAUUCCUUUGGCUUUCUAAUUCUCUAUCACGUUUUUAUGUUGUGUUUUUUAAACAUUUCCUAUAUAGGUUGCACCUCUCUGGUCCAGUAUUGUCAAGACCUGACCAGUGCCAAACAAGAGAAUUUCCUAAGCCAGGGAAAGGGAAUGCAAAGAGCCAGCGAGUCUCUGUCUGGUGUCUGCUUUUGUGUGUAUGGAGUGGGGUGGGGAAGGGAAUGCUACAAGUCACACUGCCUGUGAAUCCAAGCAGCCGGAGGGGGGUCUCAGCUUUCCGCAGGCAGUGGGGAGUUGGUAUUGGGGCUGCUCCGGGUGCCGAGACUAGUGGGCUGUGAGGAGUUUGGAAAUGUUCUGGCUGCUGAGACCUGUGGGAAGGGGAGAGCUGUGGCUGGGGGCUGGG